AUGGGUAUAGCCUGGUGCUCAUUUUCUAAAAAUGAUAUCAACGCUGGAUCCAUUCUCGAUCGAGUGAUUUCUCAAUCAUCUAACGAAGAUGAAUGUUUGCUGUAUCGUUUAGCUAAUUAUAAAAAAGGCGGCGAAUUGAUCGAUGCUUAUAAUACAGGAGGUCAAGCAGAAGUAGAAAAAUUAAUUAGAGAACAAUUUUCAGCAUUUAUGUACAACGAUGGUAGAGGACAAACGAUCAAUCGUUCUGAAUAUCUUCGAUGGAGAUUUCGUAAUCAAAAUCAGGUAAUUUUACCAAUUGAAGCAUGUCUCAGUCGUCACGAUCCUCUAGGGAAAUGGAGGGAUCACGAAGCUUGUUGGCAAAUGCAGUAUAGGGGUUCCUUGGGGGAAACAUUACUACACGUUUUGAUAAUUUGCGACACAAAAAUCCACACGAAAUUGGCACGAUUAUUACUCAAGUGUUAUCCACGAUUGUCCAUAGAUUGCGUGGAAGGAGAAGAAUAUUUAGGGGCUAGUGCACUACACCUCGCCAUAGCUUACAAUAAUAACGAAUUGGUGCAGGAUUUAAUCGAAGCAGGAGCUAAUGUUAAUCAGAGGGCUAUAGGUAGCUUCUUUUUACCAAGAGAUCAACAAGGAAGACACCCUUCUCGCCAUACCGAUUACGAGGGUUUAGCUUAUUUAGGAGAAUUUCCUCUAUCUUGGUCAGCAUGCUGCGCUAAUGAAACUGUUUAUAAUUUAUUACUGGAUAAUGGAGCCAAUCCAGAUUUGCAGGAUUCAUUUGGCAACAUGAUCUUACACAUGGUGGUUGUUGGAGAUAAAUUGGAUAUGUUUGGAUAUGCACUUCGUCAUCCUAAAGUUCCUGCCAGCAAUGGUAUACAAAAUCAUGCCGGAUUAACACCGCUCACUUUGGCAUGUAAACUAGGACGAGCAUCUGUAUUUCGCGAGAUGUUGGAAUUAAGCUGCAGAGAAUUUUGGAGAUACAGUAAUAUCACUUGUUCGGCGUAUCCAUUAAAUGCUCUUGAUACAUUGCUACCGGAUGGAAGAACAAAUUGGAAUUCCGCAUUAUUCAUUAUCCUUAAUGGAACCAAAGAAGAACAUUUAGAUAUGUUAGAUGGUGGUAUCAUACAACGACUUUUGGAAGAAAAGUGGAAAACAUUUGCUCGGAGACAAUUUCUCAAAAGAUUGGCGAUAUUAUUCUUGCAUUUGUUCAUGUUGAGCAUGGCCAUUUACUUAAGACCCACCGAACCAGACGAACCCCUUUUAGGAGGAAUGGAAUGGCACGAUAUUACUAGGUAUUGCUUCGAAGUAGGCACAGUUUGCGGAGUUUUAUCUUACAUCAUUAUACAACAGGGUGGCGAGAUGUUGAAUCAAGGAUUCUGUAGUUUUAUUAAACAAUUGCCGAAUGAACCGGCGAAAGCAAUUUUCCUCAUUUCAAAUAUCUUGAUAUUGGCAUGUAUCCCAUUUCGUUUAACAGGCGAUAAACAAACCGAAGAAGCUAUCUUGGUAUUUGCUGUUCCAGGAUCAUGGUUUUUAUUAAUGUUUUUCGCUGGCGCUGUUCGAUUAACUGGUCCAUUUGUAACGAUGGUUUAUUCUAUGAUAACUGGCGAUAUGUUAACUUUCGGUAUAAUUUAUUCGAUUGUACUAUUUGGAUUUUCUCAAACAUUUUAUUUUUUAUAUAAGGGGUCUCCCGGAGUGGAAGACUCGUUGUAUAGUUCAUACCCCUCUACAUGGAUGGCUUUGUUUCAAAUCACAUUGGGCGAUUAUAACUAUUCAGAACUAGGAUCUACCGUUUAUCCAGCCUUGAGUAAAACAGUGUUCACUAUAUUCAUGGUGCUUGUACCAAUUCUCCUAUUGAACAUGUUGAUCGCUAUGAUGGGUAACACAUACGCUCACGUCAUUGAGCAAAGUGAAAAAGAAUGGAUGAAACAGUGGGCAAAAAUUGUCGUUGCAUUAGAAAGAGCAGUAAAUCAAAAAGAUGCCCAAAGAUAUUUACAAGAAUACAGCAUAAAAUUGGGCCCAGGAGACGAUCCAAGCACAGAACAACGAGGUGUUAUGGUAAUCAAGAGUAAAAGUAAAACCAGGGCAAAACAACGAAAAGGAGCUGUAUCCAACUGGAAGAGAGUUGGUAAAGUGACAAUCAACGCAUUGAGAAAACGAGGAAUGACGGGUGAACAAUUGAGACGAAUUAUGUGGGGACGCGAAUCGAUUUCGACUCCAGUCAAAAAUGCAUUGAGCAAAGCAAAUACAUUAGAUCAAGCAAACGAGGUCGGAAACUCAACAUCAACAUUUUCCGGUGCACUGACUGCGGCUCUCGAUGUGAUGGCGUUUUCUCACGAUAUUGAUUUAACUGGCAAAAAUAAACCUAGCGGUAGGAAAAUAAGUAAAGAUAGUUACGCUCUGUCUCAAAACAUUUCAGGUUCAUCCCCAGACAUAAGCGAUGAUCCUUUUCGACAAUUGGUACUCACAGCUGAUGAUCCAAGAGCAAAAGAGAAAGAAUUAUCGAAUCUUGCUGCCGCUGCAGCCGCGUACGUCGAAAUCUCGCAAGAAACGGCUAAAGUGGAACCUGCGUCGGGCAAUCAAUCUCUUUCAACAAGCUUAUCCAUUAAACAAGAGCCUUGUUUAAUUUUCCUCGAACAAAGUGACAGCGAUAGUUUCGAUAAAGAUUACCAUCUAUUGGGACAGCAGUCUAGAGCAAGACGAGUUCGUUCGGCUCAAAUUCGAAAUGCGAGGAAAGAAAGCACAGCUUCUUCUACAAAUACGAGAAAAUUGUAUCCGACGAAUUUUCCUGAUAUGGAAACUAGUUCGAAUACAUCUUCUUUAGAGUAUAAUACGUAUUACGCUAAUCCUCCAUCAUACGCUUCAUCAACAUGCCAAUUAAAUACGUCGUCAGAACACGCAGCUCUAUUUCAAAAAAAUUCCCACCCGAAACAACGUCCUAAAACAGCUAAGGUUAAUCGGGUAGGGCCAUCACCGAUUGUACCACAUAGAAUCGGAUCCGCAUUGCAUUCAGAAAGUAGGCAAAUCGAAAUACUUCCAGAUCCCUUAGAACCUUGGAGUAUUCGAGGAAUAACCAACAUGAACACAAUUUUAGCUUGGGAUCACAGCGAUCCAGAUACCUAGUUUGGAUACUACACUAAAUAUCAAUGUAAUUUUUAUAUCGUAUGUACCGAUGUCGACCAUUUCCU